AUGCAAAUAUUUCAGUCUGUUGACUCCUCUAAGAAAGAAGAUGAAGAUUCAAUAGGGGAGGACAUUCAAGCUCGUUUCCGAGCCGAAUCUGACAUCUACUUCAUGCCAAUCAGGUCUGAAGGAUUUCUCAACGAGUUGAGCUUAGAGAAUGGAGCAACACAACACCACAGCAACCUUGACAUUCAAGCAGAUGGCAAAUCUCAGAGCUCAUUGGAUGUCACCAGCAUUCAGAUUCCUGGAGCACCUCCGACUCAUUCCCAUAACAACUGUGAACAUCCUACGAUACCCAUGCCUGAAGAGGUCCUGCAUUUGCCUGUCUGCGUCAGCCUGGAACCCACAGGGAGCUUCAACUGUAAUAUUUCCAAGGAAGGUUUGAAAGACAUUCAAUCAGUCGGCGAUCCAGGUGUCCAAGGAUCUGAUGCACAAACAAAUCAAGGCGUUAAGGAAUGUGAUAAUGAAAUUCAAGCUGAACAAAAGACCACCCUGCAACGGGUUGAGAGUCAUACCCAUGUGGGGUCUAAUAAUGCACAGGUGGAAACGAAGGUGGAAAUAGUUUGCAAUCACCUGGAUAAAGACGGGAAGUCCAACAUGGAGGCUGCCAUCUUUAUAGCCAGCUCUUACAUCUCAGAACUCAAGAGAGUGGCUCUAAACAUUGAAAGGAUUUUGGAUGAACAGAAUCAUAAGAAUUCAGACAAGGGGUUGGUCAGCUUAGACGAUAUAAAAAAGAGAAAGAAAGCUGGAGCACAAGAAGAUUUGAAUCCUGAUCAAAAUGAACAGCCAAAUGUAGAGCCAUCGCCAGUUUUGAUUGAAGAAUUGUCUGACAAGGUCUUAAACAUGUGCGAAGAUAACCUAAACCAGGAAAGUGUGGAAUGCACAAUGGGAGACUUUGUUUUUAAAGUCAAGCCCACGAGUAUGAGUCAUGAUGGGGACACCAGAAUAACUUGCGAGAAAAAGACCCAUCAGGCAUGUGAAGCCCGCCCACCGAGGGAAGAAUUGACUAUAAAAAGCACAGAGUUGAACAGAGGCUUGAAAUCAUUCUCAGGCACGUUACUGGAGAUUCCCGCUGAUACUAACAAUAACCAGUUUUCCUGUGGAGACAUUGCCUACAGGAAUAAAGAAGUCAAGUCUGAUCCAUUCAACAGGAAUGCUGCUUUAAUAUCAAAUCAAAACAAUAAUGGAAAUUUUUUAGGCACUGUUGAUUCUAAAAAAAUACCGGAGCAACUCAUUUUCUCGCCUGUUGGUAAAGACUGUUUAAAUUAUCUCAAGGAAACGGCUUCAGAGACGCUGAAGCCAGAUGGCAGUGACACCUUCUGUGUUACCAAAGAGUCCAAGAAAACAUGGAGAGAUCAUGACCCUUCCUGCAACUCCAGCAGCAACAACUCGCAGACCAUUGGCAGGAAGGCCAAACCGCUGUAUGCCAACCAGGAAGCCAUCAGCUAUCACGACAACUGUAACUACUCUACCAAUAACCUGAUCAGAGACCAGUCUCACGAAGAAUGUCUGCCGAGUGAAACAACAGGUACAAGAGGCGGCUUACCCACCCCGGAGUUGACAGCCUUACAUUUCAAAAGACAACAGAACUGCCCGUCCGAGAAAGAUAAAGACGGGGAACAAUUUAAAAACAGAUAUUAUCAACCUGCUGCUAAACAAAUGCCCAGCAAAAGCACACACCGUUGUAAUAAAUCUGUUUUUUGCAAAGAAGGAAUGAAAGGAGUUUGCCAAAAAGAAAAGGACCAUAAAGAAAUUGACCAGAAAGACAGAGAUAAUGAAAAUCAUCAUCAAGAAUGUCAAAAAAAUGGUAGUGAGAAUAAAAAAUCUGACUUGCCAAAAACCUCAGAGGAUUCUGAAAGGUGUCAGUCAUUCCAGAAAUUUUCUCCUAAGCCAAUGACAUGUGACGAGCAAUGUCCUUGUGACCAGGAUGACAAAGAUGUGACUAAGCAUAGCCACGCUGCUGCCACCUAUACAAGCAAACCAAGAGGGAUCAGCUUGCAAGAAACGGCUUCAAAGCUUAUGGCUAAAGCCAAAGACCACAAGGAAAACAAAGAUUUAAAAAGCCCACCAAAAAUCUUGGAAAUCGACAUUGCCGCCUUGAAUGUCCCUGAUUACCUUCCCAAAAUUUUAAAGAAAGAAUUUCCCUUAAGACUUCACGCUUUCCAGGAAGAGUAUAACCUGUCCUCGACGUACGUGCCAGAAGUUACCCGUCAGAUAACUGUGCAGAGUCCAGAGGAGAACAUGAUUGUCCACACAAUACACACACGUCCCAACCCGCUCCAACCAGAAUUCAGGGGAGACUUUGAAAUCGCUAGUCUGAAGAAAAGGAUCUAUCUUGGAGAGAAAGAUGGAUUCUAUCCUUCUGAGGGAACCAGGCGACUUAUAUGUGAGACAGAAUGCUUCUCAACAAAAGACCCGAAGACGCAAAAUUUGGUUUUAGAAAAUGGAACGCUGAAAGCUUCCAAGGCAAACGUCCAGACAAAGCCAGGAAAGAGAAAGAAAACUAUCAAGAGAAUACAGGAAGCGGUUAAACCCAUUCAGAAUGAUGUCGGUGAACCGACCGGCAUCUCAAAGGUUGUUGUUGAUGUAGCCAAAGACAAAGAACCGCAGUGGUUCAAUAAAGAUUAUGUUCAACUUGUUGGGGACGUCAUAUUGAUAGGCUCGGGGAAGACCAGGAGCAUAGAGCAAAUCUUUGGGCCUCUUCAGGAAGGCGAUGGGUCAAAUAACAGCUCCAAUACUUCAGCUGGCUUCAAGUCAGGCUCUCAUUCUCUGCAUAUUGCCGACAAUAAUUUCACGAUGGAAAGCAAUGAUGGCAGUUUUAACACUUCGAAAUGGAGAUCGUUGCAUUUGAGAAAUGUCACUUAUGAGAACAAUAACAACAAUAAUAUCCACUCAAUUGAAAGUAGUCCAACAUCAGCUUGUUGUAAAGAGCCUGAUUACCUCUGCGAUCAUUUUGAACUGGUGUCGCACGACAGAGUCACCACUGAAACUGGUUAUAAAGUGGUGCGCAUGGGAAGCAACUCCAGUAAUUCCCCUUGUCACAUGAACCCCCAGACCGAAAACCUGUCAAAAAAUAUUCUUCAAGACACAAGUUUUAAUUCACGCAGUCUACACCACAGAGAUUUAAAAUGGCAGCUAUCAAAUAUUUCAACUCGGAGCAAGGAUUUCAUCAGUUAUGAUUCUAAUAACAACAGUACGGGUAAGCUGUCUGAUGUGGACGAUGCCACCCUGCAAGAUAUCGACCAGAUCCCUACUGAACAAACACCAGCAGAAUCCAGGAAGGCCAAGAGUUCAAGGAGGUCCAGACCGAACUCUCCCAACAAAAAAACUUUCCGAGGGAGCUGCCCGGAUUGUGAACCUGCCAAGCCAGGGGAUGCUUCGGAGAAAGUUUUUGAUGAUUUCCAGAACCAAGUUGAGCCCACGGACAUCAAUGUUUCUGAAGUGGCACAGACUGGAUCAUCGUUAGCACUCAGGAAAAAUCUGCUGCCACAAAGGUCUUUGGCAGAGAGGACUCACCUGAAAGGACACAAGUUGUGGAAUCCCUGUAGCUGUGACCCACCAAGGCCCCGUGUCAUCCCACAGUAUGCUGAAUGUGGUGUCCAGCUUAACAUUGGGGAUGUUUGUCCAAGUGCAGGCUCACAAGUCGGAGAUUCGGGACUCUAUAAAACCUACACUGGCCACAUUGUCCGCGAAGACCAAGUGGCAAUGUGCGAGUGUCAGAUCAAACGCAAGCAAAGACCACUGCGCGAUUUUGACAUGCAAGUGUCAGCUGAAGACAUCUGUCCAAGCAGUGACGCCCAAACAGGGUCAUCCCUAUUGCUCCUAGAGCCAUUUAAAAGAUCCACACAGCAAGCUGCGCCCAUAAAUUACAACGAUGGCCAAGAACACACUUUAAAAGGUCACAUUCUUAAGGAAAACUGUGAAUAUUCUGCUCCCUAUCACUGCACUGAACAAGUGGAAGCACGGGAAAUUGAAACUCAAGUCACAGCUAUUGAAAUAAAUCCCUGCGAUGAGGUACAAACCGGGGACUCGUUGAUGAUGACUGAGCCGUUUCCUCCAGUCAAGCCGACGCUCAGUGACGAUGAGUCUGGUGAUGGUGACGUGACGUGGGCAGAUCUGAGUAUUUACGACAUGACACCCGAGCACAGGAGUGUCAAUGCCUACUAUAAACGUUUUGAUGAUUACCCUGGUGUUGAUAAGGACUAUGUGAUAUACCCUUCACAGUACAAGCCACCCGCAAAGGUGGCAAGCAAGACUAGACCACCUGUUGGCCCAACUCCUCAGAUAGUGGUCCAGCUGUCUGAAGACAAGCUCGGUAAAAUGCAGAUGACAGGUGGGGAUGUGGCUCCUUACCGAAUAGAUGAGGACCAACUCAGCUACGACGGAAGUGUUAAAGACUAUGUGGAUAAAGAAAAUUUAACAAAAGAUGGCAAACACUUUGAUGAUGAUGACUAUAAGAACUAUGUCAAGGAAGUUUAUAAAAAGCCAGAGGAUGUGAGGGACCAUGAACAAGGAGAAUUUAGGUAAACAUUUGACUGUUUGUUUUUAGGUUGGUGUGAGUUGGGGGAAACGGACCAGAAUAGUAUUAUGUGCAUCUAACCAUUUAGUUUACAAGUUGAUUUAAUAAAGGACAGUGGCGACAAGAGAAAAUAUUUCUCAAUAUAGAAAGUGGUUUCCCUUUGUGCAUGGCAUGUAAUCUAAUCUCAUAAAGGAAAACAGUGGCCUGAGCUCUGGUGCACAAUAACUCACAGGUCACAUGCUUCACAAUACCCUUUCUUCCCUUAGAGGGUUCGCAGCUCACCCAGUGCAACUGCCACAGCGCUCACUCUACUAAUUGCAUAGCUUCCUAAGGGCUUGGAAUGGACACAAAUUAACUAGCAUUUAAUUUGACUCCUAGCGCCUCGUCCCCCCUUGUCACCACUCACAAAGUUUGAUUUCUGAUAAAAAUUCCUUUCAAAAUUUUACAAUGGUUCAUUUCCUGGUCUAACUUUCUAUUCAACCUCCUUUAUUAUUUUAUUUCAUACUUAAAAGUUAUCACAUAAAAUGUUUCAUAUUUCAUACUUAAAAGUUAUUACAUAAAAUAUAUUUAGGAGCUUUAAAUUUAUUUGUAAACAAAUUAAUGUGAUGCAAAAAAAAAAAAAAAAAAAAAAACUAUUGAGGUUCCACAUUGUAAGGAAAAUAAUAUCAUAUAUACUUCUCUUAAAUUGAUGGUUCAUAACUAGUUGACAGAUGUAAUCAUUGGCGAUAAUUGUUUCAGUCUCAAUUUAUAAGUUCAGUCUCAAUUUAUAAGUUAAACAGGAAGAAUUGGUCGCAUCAAAAAGUUGAUUUCUACUGCCCCCCAGAUGGAGAAGUUUCAAUAUUUUAAAGUAUUAUUUAGAGUUUAAGUUCAACUCUUUCUAUUGAUCUUAUUUUCAGAAAUGUACCAAGGAGAUAUGAAUCCUUAACUAUAACAUCAUAUGAGAAACAAACAGUUGGUAAGAAAUAUUGAUUUUAUUCAAAAAAUUGGUUAUCUUGCUAAUAUAACAGUUUAAAUGGCGAUUAAAAUCAUCCUGUUAAAUUUAUGUUAACGUGAUUGCCAUAGCGGAAUCGCUCAGUUUACAGACUUAGUUUCAGAAAAAGAAAUCAAGUGUAAAGAGUUAAGGGACGUAAUCUCUAUUAUUAUCUAACCUAUUCCUUGGUUAUAUAAUUUUUCUGGUUUAAUUUUGGGACCUUUUAUACUCCAUGUAGUGAUUGAUUGUUGAGAAAUGUGACAUCAAGCCAUAGUAACUGCAUCUCAUUAAACUGUAUUUAUCCUAAUUUGUAAAUUUUCGUCUAGAUCAACAGUAAUAAUUCAGUUUGCAUGGAAAUCUUGAUGUGGAUUUUAAACUUAUUAUCACACUUGAAAUACUGUAACAUAUGAUACUUUUGAAAAAAAAAAAAAAUUGAAUGGCUUUUAUCCAAAAAAAAAAUGUCGCUGUUCAAAUCAAAAUUUAAAUUUGUUUUAAGUUAAAACUAACUUAUAUUUUUAAAACUAACUUAUAACAAUGGGUCAACAUUUCUAACAAGUGACGUUUCCCCUUAAUUAUAGUAAACUUUUUUAUUUGUAUCCUAGAACCAGUGCGUGGUCCUUUGAGAAAGAAAUACAGCAAUUUUGGAGCAGGUAAAGCGUUCAAAGACAUGAAGGAAGACGGAGAAGAGGAGGAGGAAGAAGGAGAGGCAAAUGGUGAAGCCAAUGGUGAAGCCAAAGGGACUGCUGGGCACAGUCCCUACAAGAGGAAACGCCGUAUUACAGUCGGCCCAAGUGUCUCGACACAAACUUUAAACACCCCAAGCCACACGCACAAGACUGGGUUUUAUUAA